AUGUCGCUCUCUAUUCGUCUCCUGUUGGUCACGUUAUUUUUCGCUUUCACUGCGCAAGUCUUCGCGCAAACUGGUUCGUCCGCAACACUGGAUACUCCGCCGAUCACGGGUACUGCGUCCGCCAGUGCGACUGCCUCAGUAACCAGGACCCCAACAACAUCGGCACCAACUGCUGCAAGAACCUCAACGCCACCAGACGUCCUUCUCCAGGUUCCCGAACUCCAUGUUGGACGAAUUGAGAUCGUAGUAGAGAAAUUGAAGGCUGAUCUCAACCUGAAUGCCAGGGUUGCAGGCCUUGUUCAGAUUAAUGCAGGAGUUGCAGUGUCAGUCGAGAAAGUCAACAUUACUAUCGCAGAUGUCGAUGUGAACCUAGAGCUUGUAGUCAGACUAGGCAACUUAGUCGAGAUUGUCGAGCGUGUUUUCGAUUCCCUGGAUCUCAAUCCCCUAUUGCUGAGUCUGAUCGGCAACGUGACGAACCUGGUUGGAGAAGUCAUUGGUGCUGUAGAUGGUCUGCUCGGUUCCAUCACUCAGGGCGGCAAGACGCUCAACUUUCUUGUCGACAAUCUGGGAAACAUCGUACAGGAGGUCGUUGGAGGCGGCACUGAUGCUCUGUCAGAGAUCGUUGGUAACUACAAGUUGAACAUGACGGAGGUCGCAGGAACUGUGAAGCAAGUCGGCCAGGGUCUUACCCAGAAGACGUUCUCUUACGAGCCCUUGGGUGCGCUCAUUGAUAUCAUCACAAACACCGCCGGACAAGUUGUACAAGCCACCGUCCAGAAGCCUUCCUCUGGUGGCGGAGGUGGUGCGUCGUCCACGCCGUCUGGUACUGCCACACCGAUGCCUGUCACAUUGCCUGUCAGCUCGUCAACAGGUACAGCAUAG